AUGUUUUCUCAGCACAGUUCAUAUGACUCUCCAAAAUCCAUAAGAAUUUCUGAUAUUUUUAGCAUUGCAAGAACCCCAGAAAGUGAAUUAUACCAAGAGCAGCGAGAAAUUUUAAAAGAGCACGUCAACAAACUAAAUAGAUCAUUUGAAAGCAAAGAAAAAAUCUUAAAAAGCUUUGAAGACUUAUUAAGGGCUGUUCACUUUUUCGAUAAGCCUGACAUCAUUCCUACACCAAAUGACAUAGAUCGAAUCAAACAACAAAUUUUGCAAAAUCAAGAAGAACCAAACCAAGAAUCAUACAGAAAAUUAUAUGAGGACGAAAAGAAAUUAAGAGGAAAUAAAGAAAAUGAAUGGAAAGAAAAAGAGAAGAAGUGGAGAUACCUGGAAAAAGAAUGCGAAGAAUUGAAAAAUAAAGCAGUAAAAAUCAGGGAAAUUGAAAAUGAAAAUGAACAGCUGAGAAAAAGACUGAAAAGAUUUGCGGAAAUUGAAAGAGAAAAUGAGGAACUAAGAAAAGAAUUGAAAACAGGAAAAAAGAAAAAAAAUAAUGCUAAGGCAAGUGAGUUAGAAAGAUUUAAUCAGCAACUGAAAAGAGAGUGCGAAGAAAGGGAUAUCAUUAUUGCAGAGCUUAAAGAAGAAAUUGAGACGCUUAGACGUACAUUAAAAGAAUACAGAGAUAAAUAUGAAACUAGUUGUGAAGCUCUAAAAAGUCACAGUUCAGGAGAAAAAGAAAGAUAUUUAGCUGAAGAAUUAUACGAAGUAAAAAAUAGAUUGAAAACUUUACAAGAUGAGCAUGAAUUUACCUUAAGGAAACUAGAAGAAACUAAACCUCUGACCUCAGAAAGAUUACCCACAUAUGUUGUCCAAUUAGAAGAGAGAAAUAUAGAUCUUGAAGACAGAGUCAAAAUUUUAGAAAAAGCAUACUCAAACCAAUUAGACUAUACCCACCGCAUUGAAGAAGAAUUUAAAAGAAAAGGCGGGGAAUUAGAUAAAGUGGAUGAAAGAAACGCCAGAGAAGCAAGUCUGAAGAGGCCAAAACCUCACAGUGAGCUGAAUGGAAAUCCAAGAAUUAAUAAUGAAAUAAGGGUAGAAGAAAAUUUAAGUGAGCCUAAACCAGAAGCAGAAGAGAGAAUCCCAUUGUUAAGUCAACCAAAGCUGAUUAAUCCUUUUCAAGAUAAAAAACAAGCUUCAAAGCUAUAUAGUUCAGAAUCUUUAAGCAUAGAUGAUCAAAAUAUCCGAACUCCUUCAUCUGAGCAGCAAUUUUUAGAGAAGAUUAAAGAUUCUAAUAAAGCCCCGGCAAAUUAUUUUUCCAUCAAGGAACAGAAUGAAACCACAAUUGAUCCUUCCAAAAAAAUCCAACCAGCUUCACCAUUACCUAAAAGCAAAAAGCGUAAAGUAGGGGUCUCUACCACAAAAAGUCAUAAUAAAGCGUUUAAAAAUAAAAGCUCUACAUCAAAUAUUCAUACUGAGCCAUCUGAGCCCUCAAGCAGGAGAAAAAUAGGCUCAUCACUUAAUGAAAGCGCAUCAACUCCAAGUUUGAAGAAGGCAAGCAGGAAAAGCAGCAAAGAAAGUGUAGAAAGACUAACUGGAGAAAGAGGGGAGUUUUGCGAUGUCUGUGUAAGAAUUCAUGGCCAUAAAUGGGCACAUUCCCCUUACAAAGAAAAGCCAUCUAUCUAA